ACUGCUUUGUGGGGUAGAGCCAGUUCCAAGCUGAAGAGCCAAAACAAUCGCAAAAAAAGGCCCGAAUGCUCUAUCUGUAGUCUCAGGGCUAUCUGCGCGUGACAUAAAAAGUCGGUUAAGAGCAUCUCGACUAUCAGCCGGGCCGGGGUCAAAAGAGCUGGACCGGCCCUGCCAAGCUUCCGCCCCACUGUCUUUUAUCUGGAGGUGGAGAAUGGUGCGGAGGUGCCGAGAGCGGAACGGGGCCCCAUUGGACAGAUGCAUUGUAUGGACGUCGUGGUAGAAGCCAUCCAUUUCAUGGAAAAAGUCGAGACGGAGGAGGGUUUUGCGACAAAACCAGUGGCGCUGUGGCAGACCUUCUUAGUACAGAAUCCUUUUGCCUGCAUUGGGGGUUGAGAGCAGUAGGGCUGCGGCUUGCGUUCCUGGAUUUUUCCUGUUCUUAUCUUUUUGGAUGCCCUUGGCGUCGAUCAUGAUUGUGGGGGGGGUGAACUAAGGCGAAAGUAGCUUUGAUAGCCAUUUCGUGGAGAUACGAAACCCCCGAUAGUCGCUCUUGACGCCCGCCAUGGCCCGAGAUUGCUAUCGCCGGUGAUACGUAGAUGGACGUUUACAUAUAUCUUCCCCGGUGUCUGUUUGCUUGAACAGCUUCCAGACCAUCUCGUCAACUUCAUUCUCUUGUUGCGCUGCACAGGAUCUACCUCUUAUCGGCCCUUCUGUUGAUUCUGCGCCAUUACUGUGGUAGUCGUCGGCAUGGCGGAAACCAGCAAGAAGCUCGAUGUUGAGCAAGUCCCUAGCUACGAUGUCUCACCAGGCGAACUUGACGCCGCAGAUGAGAAAGGCCGGGAAAAUGUUCUCACCAACCAAUAUGGACGAACUCAGCGCGGUUUAUCACCGAGACACGUGCAAUUAAUGGCCAUUGGUGGUGCCAUUGGUAUCGGACUUUGGGUCGGUAUCGGAGGUGUUCUCAGCAAAGCGGGACCUCUCAACCUCAUCCUUGGUUAUGCUUUCUGGGGUCUCUUUUUCACAUGGCCUCUCUUCCUCUGCGUGGGAGAGAUGUGCGCAUACUUGCCGAUUCGUGGAUCCAUUUUCGAGCUUACGUCUCGUUGGGUGAGCCCUGCCAUGGGAUUCACUAUGGGCUGGACAUACUUUUUCGCUGGUACUAUGCUUGUUUGCGUCGAAUACUCUGCUGUUGCGGCAGUCAUACAAUAUUGGGAUCCAAACACCAAUCCCGCUGCUUGGAUCGCAAUGGCUAUGAUCGUUUGCAUCUUCCUCAACGUCGUCGCCGUCAAAUGGUUUGGCGAAUCUGAGUUCGUAAUGGCUUCGACCAAAGUCAUUCUCCUUGUCAUGCUCGUCAUGAUUACUUUCAUCACCAUGGUCGGCGGUAAUCCCAAGAAAGAUACGUAUGGCUUCAGGAGCUGGACCGGGGGCAACUACAUGCACUCGUACUACGCCAAGGGAGAUACCGGUCGCUUCCUCGGAUUUUGGGCCGUCGUCCGAUAUGCCGGUUUCACGAUCACUGGCCCCGAUAUGAUCGCCCUUGCUGCUGGUGAGAUCCAGAACCCCCGACGAACGAUUCCUCGCGUUACCAAGUUCAUCUUCUGGCGUCUGCUCGGUUUCUACGUCGUCGGUGUGCUUGCAGUCGGUAUCAUUUGCUCUUCCACCGAUCCUGGUCUACUUGGUGCCAUCAAAGAUGGAAAAUCCGGCGCUGCGGCCAGUCCUUGGGUUAUUGGUAUUCAGAACCUUGGUAUUGACGGUCUUCCUCACUUCAUCAACGCUUUGAUCAUGUUGUCUGGUUGGUCCUGCGGAAAUGCCUACCUGUACUCCUCCAGCCGUACUCUCUAUGGUCUUGCUCGAGACUCGCAAGCUCCCAAAUACCUCAUGAAGUGCACCAAAACCGGUGUCCCCAUUUAUUCCGUCAUGACUGUUUCCCUCAUCACCUGCAUCACCUUCCUCGUUUCCAGCAACUCCGCCAGCGAGGUCUUCCUCUGGUUCGUCGAUCUUACCACCACCGCUCUCAUCGCAACAUACACCAUGAUGCUCGUAACCUACCUUUUCUGGUAUCGCGCCCGCAAGGCCCAAGGCCUUACCGACGACCAACUACCCUACGUCGCAGCUUUUACGCCCUGGGGUCCCAUCGUCGCUCUCACCCUCGGCUGCUUGGCGCUGAUAUUUGUCGGUUUCGAUGUCUUCGUUCCGUGGGAUCUUCGAGGCUUCAUCACAUCGUAUUUUGCUUUGGCUUUCGCCGCGGUCAUGUUUUUGAUCGGAACCAUCAAAUACCAGCGCGAGGGUAAAGGAGGGUUUGUCAGUGCAAAGGAUGCGGACUUGUAUAGUGGCAAGGCGGAGGUCGAUGCGGAGUGCAGACAUUGGGAGGAAGGCGGUAUUGAGGAGGUUGAGAAGGCGCGGAUAGCCGAGAUGCCGUUUGUGAGGCGGCAAUGGGAGAAGAUAUGGUAG